AUGUCGGUCGUCACCUGGGGGAAGAGGUCGAUCCCCACGUGGCUACAGUCACCUUUCACUCAUCCCGUUAUUGCUUUGCCUAUGCGUUGCUCUGCCAUCACCGCAUCAGCCCCCUUCGCAUACCGCAUCCGCACGGAGACGGUGCGGCCACACGUGCCGAGAAGGGAAACGGGUUUCUUUGAAUCCCAGGAGCCUCGAUACUUGAAAAAAUUCACUACCUGCAUUGGUAACCAAAGGUUAAAAACACAUGGAAAUCAUUGUGAAACUUCACAUUUAGAAAUAGUUCAGAGAUUUGAUGUGCUCCUUGUGAUCAUCCUCACAGGUGUGCUGUUUUCUGGCUCCUCUAAGAAGAUAAUUUCUAAAUUUUACAGUUUUGAGGUUUGCAUUCAUCGCGUUAGAUCGUGCAGCAGCAUUCGCUUUAUAAAAUCAAAAUAUGUGUGCGUGUUUGACAAAUCUGCCCUCAAGUUUAGUCAUCAACAGCGAUUAUUCAGAACAUCUGCUGUUUCAUGUGGCCAAAUUGUCCAGUUUAAGCUUUCUGACAUUGGAGAAGGAAUUACAGAGGUGACAGUAAAAGAAUGGUACGUAAAGGAAGGUGACAGCGUGUCCCAGUUCGACAGCAUCUGUGAGGUACAGAGUGAUAAAGCCUCUGUCACUAUCACCAGUCGUUACGAUGGCAUCAUCAGAAAACUCCAUUACAGCAUAGAUGAUAUUGCUUUUGUUGGAAAACCACUAGUGGACAUUGAAAUUGAUGCUUCAAAAGGUGUUGCCUCAGAAGAAGAUGUUGUUGAAACACCUCCUAUGUCUCAUGAAGAGCACACUCACCAAGAGAUAAAAGGUCACAAAACAUUAGCUACCCCUGCAGUUCGUCGCCUGGCCAUGGAGAACAAUAUUAAAUUGAGUGAAAUUGUUGGGACAGGGAAGGAUAACAGAAUCCUUAAAGAAGAUAUACUCAACUACUUGGCCAAACAAACAGGAGCUAUUUUGCCUCCGUCACCAAAGGCUGAAAUUGUCCCACCUCUGCGGAAAACAGAGGCUGUGCCAGCUGCUCCAAAGGACAAAGCACACAAAAUCCCUGUACCUGUUUCCAGACCCAUUGCAUUUUCAGGAAAAGAUAGAACUGAACCUGUAACAGGUUUUCAGAAGGCCAUGGUAAAGACUAUGAGUGCAGCCCUGAAGAUCCCCCACUUUGGUUAUUCUGACGAGGUUGAUUUGACUCAACUUGUUCAGCUGCGAGAAGAGCUGAAACCUCUAGCGGAAAUGCGUGGAGUUAAGCUUUCCUUUAUGCCCUUCUUCAUAAAGGCAGCCUCUCUGGGAUUGCUGCAGUAUCCCAUUCUUAAUGCCUCUUUGGAUGAGAACUGUCAAAAUGUCACAUAUAAGGCUUCACACAACAUUGGAGUUGCAAUGGACACAGAGCAAGGUUUAAUUGUCCCAAACGUGAAAAAUGUUCAGGUCUGCAGCGUGUUUGACAUUGCUGUGGAAUUAAAUCGUCUCCAGUCCUUGGGCUCUGCAGGCCAGCUGGGAACAAGUGACCUCACUGGGGGAACAUUCACCCUUUCAAAUAUUGGCACAAUUGGUGGCACUUAUGCCAAACCAGUGAUACUACCUCCUGAAGUAGCUAUUGGAGCACUUGGAAAGAUACAGGUUCUCCCUAGGUUUAAUGGCAAAGGUGAAGUAUUUAAAGCACAAAUAAUGAAUGUGAGUUGGUCAGCUGAUCAUCGCAUCAUUGAUGGAGCUACAAUGGCCCGGUUUUCUAACUUGUGGAAAUCUUACUUGGAGAGCCCUGCUUCGAUGCUGCUGGACCUUAAAUAAAGGAAACCAUGGCUAGAAUAUGCCUUUAAACUCUGUGGAUUAGACUGAAUAGUUAUAAAAGCUGUCUCUGCUAACAUGUGCCCUUUGCUACGUGCAUUAUAUAAUAAUGUUAUGUGGUUGAAAGUUCUCAACAGCUGGUAUCAGUCUCUAUUAGCUGUUACUUCUUUCAUUUAGUAUUGCUGUAAUUUUAUCCACAGCAGACUGUCAAACUGAAUAGGUCACAACUUCUGAAUAUGGUGGUGGAAUGUCUUUAUUUUGCCUUUUAUAAUAACAAUGAUUGUCAGGCUGGUGUGACUGAGUGCCACUGCUCUACACCUGCAGUAUUUACAAUCUGAAGGGAAAUUUUGGAGGGGAAUACUUCAUAGUUCUUCCAUUUUGGACACGUAAAUUUAUUUUAACAAAUAAUCCCUGAAUUCAUAAAAGGGAUUAUGCAAAAAUCAUAUACAAAUAAAAUGCCUUUAAUGCUUCUGCUGUGAGAUGUCCAGAGAGCUUUUUGUUGUUUAACUGAAUAAACCUCUUAAGAUUUUUGCUAGUCCACUUUUUCUGGCAAUUACUUGCACAGUUACUCUUUAUCAAACUAUAAAUAAAGAGGCUCUAUUUAUUCAAAUGCUUACUGACAACACUGAUUGAUAACUAUCAAGGCCUUAAUACUCUCUAGAAUAUCUUAUAUUUUUAAAGGAUGAAGGUACUUUCAGCCCUUAAUGCUUUCCAGUUAUUUUUGAUUCUUAUAGAAAGGAUCUCUCUGUUAAAACCAAAAGAGAAAGAAAGAGAAAGCAAAAUUAAAAAUAAGCAUUUUUUUUAUUACUCUGUCAUUAGGUAAGCCUGACAGUAAGAUGAUCAUGAUCUAAAAGCUUGCAUUCUGUUUUUGAUAUUCAGAUACUAGAAUCUGAUAGAUUAAUCAGAUUCAACAAAGAAUGGAUAUUUAAAAAUACUGUGAGAUAAGGACUUCUUAAACUCAGAUACAAGGCACAUAAUGGAUAGGGUCAAGUUAAUGCCUUUAGAACAGAAAACUUAGGUGGUUUUAAGGUAAACUAAACAGGUCAUGAGGACUGCACUGCUGAUUUAAUGGGAGAUAUGAAGAAAAUUGUUGGAUAUAAAUACCUUUUAAACACAUUAGUUUCAAACUGACAUGAAAGACAGUUAGAUAGCCUUAAAAAUGAAUUUGUAAUGCACAAAAUGGAAAUUUUCUCCUUUUUUUAGAUAUAUCAAAAACAGGAGCAUUCAUCAAAAUUGUAGACCAAAGUUGUCUAUUGCAUUUAGCUGUGAAGAUGUGAGACAGGCUACCAGAGGUAGAGUCCCUGCUAUCCAUGAUGCUGAGACUGAAUAAGAGGAAAGCUGGUAUUGUACAAAGGGGAGUGUGGUGCAUCCAUGUAAGGUGCUAUUAAUAUUUCUAUUGUGGUAUAGGGGUCUUUUAUAUAAAGGUCAUUUCUUGCAAAGUUUGACUAAUAUAUCAUGCUUAUCACUUACUUCAUUUUUACCAGAUUUAUUUAUUCCUAAUAAAAAUUAUAAAGCCACAAAUUAUUGGUUUUAUU